AUGGCGCAAACUUGUAAUCAAAAAAGGAAUGUUUACAGCAUUGAUCAGAUUCUAGGCCACGCAAAAGAUGAAGAUAUUUCAGAUCAUGCCAAUUUAUUGGAAUCAGUACGUAAUGUACGAGGAUCUGGAGAAUCUGACAUACCAGACUUCAAGGAAUUACCGACAAUAUCCGAAUUACCGGAAAUGAAUGAUAUGGAUCGACCUAAAAAAAUACGAAGAUCUCGUACAACAUUUACCACUCAUCAACUUCAUCAAUUGGAGAAAGCAUUUGAAAAAACUCAGUACCCUGAUGUUAAUUAUAGAGAAGCGCUUGCAUCGAGCUUGGAGCUUUCGGAAGCACGAGUUCAGGUGUGGUUUCAAAACCGUCGAGCGAAAUGGCGCAAAAAGGAGAAAACAAUGGGACGUGAUCCAAGUUAUAUGCACGUUGGUCAAGGUAAUAUAAAUUAA